AUGGAGUCCGUUCGCAAUGGCAUCAAGCAGUCCAUUGUCGGUAUCGGCAAGGAUAAGCACCACAAGGAUAUCGCGGUAAGCGUCAAUGAGAUGGAGAUCUCAGAUGGUGAGAGCGAGAGCACCACCGUCGCUUCCAACCAGACUUCGCAAGAUGAUAUCGAUGCGAAGAGCAGUUUGACUAUCACAGCCACCAAUGCUGCCACUUCCAAGUCCACUGUCAUUACUAAACUUCAUGAGUUUGAGCGGUUGACCAAGGUGACGCGGACUGUCAAGAAAUACAUUGUCCGGUUUGAAGACUAUGAUGAGGACUUUGUCAAUGAGAUGGAUAUCAGAGGAUACCUUCAGUACAUCUCUGAUGAACGUCUCAUUCACAUGCCUCGUCGAGGCAGCGACUGGGACCGUGUCCUCAGCACUGCUCAGUUCUUUGGUCUUCAGAUCACCAACUUCGCCAGCAAGAUCGAGGCCUUCGCCUCUGGCGCCCACUCUUCGGCAUCUGCUGCCCUCGCCAGUUGCCAAGUUCUACUUGAGAUUGGUCACAGCCAAGCCAAGGCCCUCGUGCCCACCUUCAUCGCCCUCUACGAGCUAGCUAUGCUCCUCUCCACCGUCUCUCGUAUCCGCGACCUCGAGUACAUGUCCACCUCCAUCAAGGAGUGCGCAGCCCACAUCCUCUGCGAACUCGUCCACCUCAUCGGUCGCAUCGCGAGCCACUACAAGCAGAAGAUUGACAGUCUUCGAAGUGGAGACAGUGUCACCAUUAGCUUCGAUGCGGCCUUUGGCCAAUACAUCGACUCUAUCUGGAAGGCCAAGGACGAUCUAUGCGAUCGUGUUUGGCGCUACAGCCUUGGUCACAACUCCUUCUCCAUUAGUCUCAAGUCUGUUCGUCAGCGCCUCCAACCCUUUGCUGCCUCAUCGGUCAGAAACACUCUUUACGACGAGGUCUACGAGCAUCUUGAUCGCUCUGAGGAUACCUGCUACUGGAUCAAGAGCCAGUUGACCAGCUUCCUCAACAGCAAGGACAAGUCUCUCAACCUUUGGGGUGAGGCUGGUGUCGGUAAGAGUGUUUUGGCUGAGUGGGUUGAAGAGAGACUCGCGCGUCCUCUUGACUACAAGUCAUAUACUGUUCUUUCCUACAACUUCCCUUGGGACUCUCCCAAGGAGGCGACAUCGCUGGCUUGCGUCAAGAGCUUCGUCUUCCAGCUUCUUGAACGAAGUGUCGGCGAUGUUGAGCUCUACCAGCGUCUUGUUCAGGCCUUUGAGGUCUACUCCAAGACCCAUGAUGCUGGCAAGCUUGAGGCCACUCUCUGGGAUACCCUUCGCACGGGUAUGCACGCUGCUGAGAGUUCAGGCUCACGCUUCGUCCUGCUGACUGAUGGAUGCGACGAGAUGGUCGGCGGUUCCAAGAGCGCUGUCGGCUUCCACAAGCUUCUCUCGGAAUGCGUCGUUGACCUUCGACGAACUCGUGUCAUCACCUUCUCACGAAGACUUGACGGUCUCAAGGACUGUAGCAAGAUCUACCAGAUCAAGCAGCAGCAGGUCCAGGAAGACAUCCGCUCGCACCUCAAGCAGACUCUUUCCAAGUCUAGUCACUUCCAAGAUGUCCAGCAUCGCGACCGUGAGCAGAUCGUCACUGACCUGGUCGCCAAGUCCAAGGGCAGCUUCCUCUGGGCCUUCUACGCUGGCCGUCUCUUGAUCCGCGAGCAAUCUUGUGACAGCUUCCUCGCGAAGGUCAAGAGCCUCAGUGCUGAUGUCAAUGACAUUCUGCGUAUUGCUGUCGACAAGUUGGACUUGAAGCAGGACCAGACUGCGAAGCACCUCCUCUCUUUCAUGCUUGUCACUAACACUCCCUUCUCUGUUCAAGAGAUCGCGGAGCUUCUCUCUACCGACUUGCAGAAGCGUUGCAUACUUCCUACUCCUUCGAACAUCUCCAAGUUUGUGUCGGAGAAGUGCAGCGACUUCCUCAUCAUUCGAGGUGGCCGUCUUCACUUCCGCAACGCUGUUGUUCAAGCCUACUUCAAGGGUCUGCUCGGGAAGUCUCUUCUUUCUGAGAAGGAGGCUCACUCCCAAUUGACUUUGCGAAUGCUUCUCUAUGCCCGAUUGAACCUUGAUGAUGACCAGGAGCUCCUUACUGAUGAGCUCGAUGACUCUGUUGUUGAGGUCAUCAUGAGCCGACAUCAUCUCAUGGGCUAUGUCAUGCGCAACUGGAUCGUCCACUUCCGACAUGCAGGUUUCGUAGCCUCGGACGGGAAGAUCGCCUUGCCUCAAGGCUUCCGUGAUAUCUUCCCCGAGUCCGUCAUGUUCACUCUCCUUGAGCGACCUUGCUGGGGUAGACACGACGUCCGUCAGGAGACCAUCGAGCUUCACGAGCUUACCCUCCGCAUCCGCGAAUCUUGCUUUGGUGAGAAGCAUGUCUCUGUUCUUCAGAGUCUCAUCGCUCUUGGUCACAUACAUGUCAAGUUCUCUACUUCUUCUGAUGCCCAUGUCUGUGGCGCGCGUUACUACUACCGUGCUGCCAAGCUGGGUGAGGUCGUCUUGUCCAAGACCAGCGUCUUUGUCAGCUCAUGCACUCACCUCUUCCUUACUUGGACUGAGACUAUUGUUGUUACCAAGCGCACUGAGAUCGUGACCUGCAGGGAGGAGAUGAUUCGUGUCUGGAUUGAGAUCUGCAAGCACAAGCACGGUCGAUCCAGUGAUGAGGUCAUCUGCUGGUAUGAGAAGCUGGCCAAGCUCUACAUCAGCAUUCAUGAGGAGUGGCGCGCUACUGUCGUUUACAAGGAGCUCUACGAGAUCAUUGUCAUUCGCUUUGGCAAGAAGUCUCCGGAAGCUGGUCGUAUCGGCGCUUUCUUCGGCACUCUUGACAUUGUUCUCAAGGGCGAGGAGGCUGAGCGAGGUAUCUGCGAGAUGGAAGAGUUCAUCUUUGAGACCACUGAAGAACUCGACAUCCACUCUCACCUUUGCAUCGCCAUGAUGAUCAAGCUCGCCUGGUCUUACCACGCCUGUGGCAAGUUCUACCUCGCCGAGCGUCUCUUCAUCAGCAUCUGGCGUCGCAUAUCGAUCACCUGUCGCCUCAAUGCCAGCAUUGAAGUGCACAUCUCCAAGAUCCAGAUUGCUCUCGAGUACUGCAAAUACCUGAAGACAGUUCACCGCCAUGAGGAAGCUACCACCAUUCUCAUCUGUCUAUGGGCUGAGUAUGAGCACUACAAGUGUGAUACCGAGACUCUCGUCAUCUGGAUCCGAGAACUUGGAAUGACCUGCAGAACCUUUGGUCUUCUAGAGAUCACCGUCUCUAUCUUGACCAAGGUUUGGGGCUGGUUCAAGGGCUGUGGUAAGGGUGAUGACGAGGAAGCUCGCAAGACUACCAUUCUCAUCACCGAGGUCGUCGAGGAGGUCACUGAGACCACGACCACUACUAAGACAACUACUACCACCACCACUGAGGUGACUGAGACAGUCGUCAAGGAGAUUUACGAGACUCACUACACUCGUUGCAAGAAGUCUGGUUUUGAUCAUGCCUUCUACUCAGCUUGCAUGGCUCUUAUCGGUAUCUACUUCGAGCAUCACCGCUGGUCGGAGGCUGAAGUUGUCAUCAAGCGCACUCUCGAGAUUACUUGGAAGGCCAUCUUGAGUACUGAUGUCAGCAUCACUCUCUCCGAGCAUUCUAUUCGAGAAUGUGUCCAUGUUGCUCGUCGUCUCGCCAAGUGCUACCAUCACCAGGGUCACUUUGAGAAGGCUGAGUUCAUUUACCUUCGCAUCUACCGUGCUUGUCUGACCUCUUGUGGUCUUGAGGAUGAGCUGCUCUGUGACUCUCUCACAGUUCUCAUUGAGUUCUAUGAGGAACAUCACCGACACGAGAAGGUGAUUGAGAUCUACAUCGAGAUCCUUGAGCGAUACAAGAAGCAUCUUGGUCAUACCCAUCGCUUGACUAUCAGGACCUUGUAUCAGCUGGCCCACCACUGCAAGACAAUUGGUCACAAGGAUGUUUACAAGUAUUAUCUUGAGAUCGUCACCGUCUUGAACAAGGGUAUCAAGCACUGUCAUCACGAUGCCUUCGAGGCUGGCCUCUUCCUUUGCCGUCACUACCACGGCCGUGGCAUGUGGGUUGAGCUCCGUGAACUUUGCGCCUUCAUGUGGGAGACUGUCUGUCACCAUCAUGGCGAGCACAAGUGGUCCGAGGAGAUCAUCUGUGAGAUCUACGAGAAGUACACUUACGUUCUCGAGGUUCACAUCAAGGUUGAGUUUUCUGUCCUCUACAAGAUUUCUGUCGAGUACAAGGAGGUUAUUCAGAGAACCUGCGGUGGGGAGUCCCAUGCUUACAUCUUGGCUUUGAUUGCGUUCGCUAAGAUGUGUGAGAAGCAUGAGAAGCAUGUCCACGAGUCUGUCACUGUCUAUGAGGAGGUGAUCAAGCGGAUCACCACCACCAAGACGACUACGACUACUGUUACCGAGACUACCAUCAAUACCGUCAAGAAGCGUCUUUCCAAGCUUUAUGUGACCAUCAUCACGACUGGCGGCAAGAAGGAGGGCCAUCCACAUGUUCCCAUCGACCGUGCCAUCCAGAUCUGCAUUGAGACCUACGAGCAUCUCAAGAUCACUCUCGGAUACUGGCAUGAGGAGACCUUGAAGCAGCUUGAGUACGUCAUCACCUUGUACCACACCUGCAACACGAAGGAGUACCACGUCAAGAUGAUCAAGCUUCUCGAGCUUCACAUCACUCAAGUCAUCACGACUUGCAAGGUCACUACGGUACUGUUCAAGGUUGCAAUCACCAUGGCAUCUAUUUAUGUCAAGGUCAACCUUGUGCAGCAGGGCUACGAAGUCCUCCGUCAGCUUCGCCACUUGGUAAUCUUCCGAGGUUCAAUCCCUUGCAAUGAUCUUACCAUAAAGCUUGACGUCCACCUGAGCAAGCAUGUCUUUGUCUUCCUCAGCGCCUUCGAGCAUGGUCUGUGCCCCAGUGACUGCGCCACAACCUACUCCGAGAUCAUGGCCACCAUUAUCUAUGAGUCAAUCCUUUACGAGGAGUACUCUCGUGUUGUGGAACGCGAGACCGAGCUUGAAGUCAUUCUAGAAUGCGGUGCCAAGCUUCGUGGCUUCUGGGUUGAGCACAAGCGCUCUCAGCUACUUCUUGUUCUCGACAAGAGACUCUUCCAGCUCUUCAAGAACAAGUAUGCGUCGUACUUCAAGGAUGUGGCUGAUGAGCAUCUUCGUGUCUUCUAUCUCGCUAUUCUUUGCGAGCUUGGAAAGGAUCGUGGUGCUACUCAGAUUGACUUCCCUCUCCUCGCUGUCAAGGCCGGUAGCGCCAGGGUCAACGAGCUCCUCCAAGCUAAGGACUGGCAUUGCGCCGAAGAGCUCGGCCACUGUGUCUUCCACUUUGCUCAAGCUCAGAAGCUGUACCACCGCCAGAACUGUAUUCAGUACGGCUACAAGCUGGCUGAGUACUUGGCGGGUAUUGAUGUACCCCAUCCAGCCGACGCGAAGGAGGAGAAGAUCAGGAACGCUAUGCUGGCCACUUCACGUGAGGUCAUGACUGAGGUCCUUGCUGCUUUCAAGCAGGCCAACAUUGACUACCUCUGCUUGCGCUUUGAGGAUAUCUCUGGUCUUGUCAGACUUCUUGGAGCUCAGAGGAACUGGGAUGAGCUUGAGCGUCUUCUCCACCGUCUCUGGAAUGCACGUGAGAGGCUGCAGAAGGCUGGCUGGUCUUCAACUGCCGUCUUGGACAUUGGUAAGAAGCUUGUCCACGCUCAGUAUGCUCGCAAGGACGUGAUCUGCGCCAUCGAGACAGCAGAAUUGAUCUGCUACAACCUUCGUCGCAGUCGCGGCCGCCUUGAUGUGGAGACUCUCGAAUUCUCUCGUCUCCUCGCUUCCUUGUAUGCCGACAGUGGUCGCAAGGCUAGUGCUAUGUCGAUCCACGAGACCAUUCUACGCGACAUGAUCUCAUGCAGUAGCGGCAAUGAGUUUGGUGAAGCUUAUCCUGACCGUCAACGCUUCAUCUCCGAGGCGCGGACUCACCUUGAGCUUCUCAAGGCUGCGCACCAUCAGAUGCAAGGCUGGACUAAGGCACCUGAUGAGUUCAAGGAUGUCCAUUCUCAGCUGAACAGUGGUUUGAGCUUGGACCUACCUACCUUUGAUAAGUGGUGUGCUGGUGCUGUGGAUAAGAGCAUCCAAGGGGGAGGAAAGUAUGUUGCGCCAGGGGAGUGGAAGCUUAAUGGUGGUGUGAAGACCUCCGUACCUCGCAGGAGGAUCAUCCGUGAAAGGCCGAACGGCCGAUUGGAUGUGUUGCAUACUGCGAGACAAUGGUGGUUGGUGUGCUAA